AUGGCGAUGAUGACUGGCCGUGUGCUGCUGGUGUGUGCCCUCUGCGUGCUGUGGUGCGGUGCGUGCGGAGGCGGUGCCGAAAUGAACGAUGAAUCAUUAGUUGGUUCACAGCAUGUAUCUGGUGUCAGUGAGAAAGCUCCAAAUGGAUUACCGCAGCCUGGCGAACGAGGGCCUGACAGCGCGGGGCAUUCUUUGAACAAAAAUAAUGGGGACAAUUCCAAUCUGCAAGAGGGGACAGGCACAGGAACAACAACAGACAGAGUUGGGAAGGAAGAAGAGGAAGAAGUGGUUGGUAAUGAUGAUCUUGAAGAAGAAGAAGAAGAAAAAGAGAGAAGUAAAGAAAGAGAAGAUACGCCACAAGCCGGAAAAUCUGAAAGUUUAUCGAAAGAGGCGGCAGCAACAAUACCGGCAGCAUCUGGUCUCAGUGAAAGUGGUGGUGGCAGUCCUUCUGGUGUUGAUGGUGUUGGCCCAAGUGAAAGUUCUGAAGGAAGUGAGGAUUUGAAUUUGGAGGUCCCUGUUCCUGUUGUGAUCUCUCCGCCUUCCAUUCCCAAUGCUGCUGCUGGUGGUUCGCAGAAUGCCGACGGUGCUUUAUCGCCUCGGAAGAAUAAUUUCCCAGAAACAGGUGUGCAUUCAGGAAAGACGCCUCUAGCACCCUCACUGCCCAAAUCACAGGCAUCCGCGAUGCCAAAACCAAAAGCAGAAGAGCAGUCCUCCACUGAACAGGACACAGAAGAUAGUCCAGACACAGAGGAGGUCACAACUGGAAAAGAGAACGUGCAGAAUACUGUGGAGACGGGAAUUCCUUCCAGUUCGUCGUCUACCGCCAGCAAACCACCCGUACAACAAACAACGCCAAUAUUAACACAAUCACCGGCAGCACCAUCACCAGAACGAUCAGCACCAGCAACAUCAGAAGAAAAAUCAACAGCACCGAGUUUUUCAGCAGGAGAAGGAAGCCGUAGAGCAACAAACGUCGCACAGAACUCAAAGGAAGAAAAGAAUGAAAAAUUGCCGUCAGAAAACGAAACGGAGUCCAAAGCGGUGGAACAGCCUUCAGGGGAUGAUUUGGCAGAGCAAGACAGUCCAGUGGGAACAACAGCAUCACCCAUCCCCGCAAGUAGCAGUGCCGAUGCCCAGAAAAAUGCGGAUGCGGACAAUAGCAAUGCUCAAGUGCUUAAAUCCGAAGGAACAAACAAGAACUCCGAAACUGGUUAUACAAACCUUGCUUCUACAGCCGGUGAUGCAGCAACACAAACAGAAAAAGCACUCGCCGACGCCAAAGCAAAUGAUACGGUGACGCCUGGCGACAGUGACGGCAGCACCGCGGUCUCCCACACCACCUCCCCUCUUUUGCUUCUUCUUCUUUUUGCGUGUGCGGCUGCUGCUGCGGUGGUGGCCGCGUGA